CUUAGAAAGGAAAGUUGGUGACGGUGAGAAGGGAAGAGGAUGAUCUAGUGAUGGACGAUUUCAAAUCGCAUCCGGUAGGUUCCUUCUAGACUGCCAUGAGUCAGCCACCGACCGGGGGCGCUGCCCCUGCCGCAGCCGCAGCUUCUGCCGCCGCAGCAGCCACAGAGGCUCGCCUGCACCCGGAGGGCAGUAGCAGAAAGCAGCAGCGAGCUCAGUCACCCGCUAGACCGAGGGACAAUUCUCUACGACAGACAAGCGCGGCCACACGGUCCCCGGUGGGGGCCGGCACUAAACUUAAUUCUGUUCGGCAGCAGCAGCAGCAGCAACAGCAGGGUAACAAGACCGGGAGCCGCGGGGCGCCUUCGGUCGGCGCCCGAGGAGGCCUGGGUGGAGCCGAGAAGGCGGCGCCCCUGGCUCCCAAAGGGGCCGCGCCCGGAGCUGUCCAGCCAGCGUUUGGUGCUGAAGCGGCCCCCGCGGCGACCCUGGCCUCUGCGGGCGGCAGGAAGCCUGGGCCGCCGGAAGAGCCGCCCCGGGAGCUAGAGUCGGUGCCCUCGAAACUCGGGGAACCCCCUCCGCUCGGGGAAGGAGGAGGAGGGGGCGGGGAAGGAGGAGGAGCCGGCGGCGGCUCCGGGGAUAGGGAGGGGGGCGCUCCGCAGCAGCCGCCGCCGCCGCCCAGGGGCUGGCGAGGGAAAGGCGUCCGUGCUCAGCAAAGGGGCGGCAGCUGCGGGGAGGGGGUCUCGCCUCCGCCGUCCUCUUCUGCGGGCAAAACCCCAGGCCCCAGCAGCAGAAACUCCGGAAGCGGCAUUGCGGGGGGCGGCAGCGGCGGCGGAGGGAGCUACUGGAAGGAAGGAUGUCUGCAGUCUGAGCUCAUCCAGUUCCAUCUCAGGAAGGAGCGGGCGGCGGCGGCGGCCGCGGCUCAGAUGCACACUAAGAACGGCGGCGGCAGCAGCAGCCGCAGCUCCCCGGUCGCUGGCGCCCCCGCCAUUUGCGAGCCCCUUGUGGUCCCUUCCUCCUCCCCAAUGGCGGCGGCGGCGGAGGGCCCCCAGCAGAGCGCAGAGGGCAGCACGAGCGGCGGGGCCAUGCAGGCGGCGGCGCCCCCUUCGUCGCAGCCGCACCCGCAGCACCUCCAGGAACAGGAGGAAAUGCAGGAGGAGAUGGAGAAGCUGCGAGAGGAGAACGAGACUCUCAAGAACGAGAUCGAUGAGCUGAGAACUGAGAUGGACGAGAUGAGGGACACUUUCUUCGAGGAGGAUGCCUGUCAACUGCAGGAAAUGCGCCACGAGUUGGAGAGAGCCAACAAAAACUGCCGGAUCCUGCAGUACCGCCUCCGCAAAGCCGAGCGCAAAAGGCUCCGCUACGCGCAGACGGGGGAGAUCGACGGGGAGCUGUUGCGCAGCCUGGAGCAGGACCUCAAGGUUGCAAAGGAUGUAUCUGUGAGACUUCACCAUGAAUUGGAAAAUGUGGAAGAAAAGAGAACAACAACGGAAGAUGAAAAUGAGAAACUGAGGCAACAGCUCAUAGAAGUUGAAAUUGCAAAGCAGGCUUUACAGAAUGAACUGGAAAAAAUGAAAGAGUUAUCCUUAAAAAGAAGAGGAAGCAAAGAUUUGCCGAAAUCUGAAAAAAAGGCUCAACAGACUCCCACAGAGGAGGACAAUGAAGAUCUGAAAUGCCAGCUGCAGUUCGUUAAGGAAGAGGCCGCUUUGAUGAGAAAGAAAAUGGCUAAGAUUGAUAAAGAAAAGGACAGAUUCGAACAUGAGCUCCAGAAAUACCGAUCCUUUUAUGGGGAUCUGGACAGUCCUUUGCCCAAAGGAGAAGCCGGGGGGCCUCCCAGCACCAGGGAGGCCGAGCUCAAGCUACGGCUGAGGCUGGUGGAGGAAGAAGCCAACAUCCUGGGCAGGAAAAUCGUCGAAUUAGAGGUGGAGAACCGAGGCCUGAAGGCGGAACUGGACGACCUGAGGGGCGAUGACUUCAAUGGCUCGGCCAACCCCCUCAUGAGGGAGCAGAGCGAGUCCCUGUCGGAGCUGCGGCAGCACCUGCAGCUGGUGGAGGACGAGACCGAGCUGCUGCGGAGGAACGUGGCCGACCUGGAGGAGCAGAACAAGCGCAUCACGGCCGAGCUCAACAAGUACAAGUACAAAUCGGGCAGCCACGACAGCGCGCGGCACCACGACAGCGCCAAGACCGAGGCCCUGCAGGAGGAGCUGAAGGCCGCGCGCCUGCAGAUCAACGAGCUCAGCGGCAAGGUCAUGCAGCUGCAGUACGAGAACCGCGUGCUCAUGUCCAACAUGCAGCGCUACGACCUGGCCUCGCACCUGGGCAUCCGCGGCAGCCCCCGCGACAGCGACGCCGAGAGCGACGCGGGCAAGAAGGAGAGCGACGACGACUCGCGGCCGCCGCACCGCAAGCGCGAAGGGCCCAUCGGCGGCGAGAGCGACUCGGAGGAGGUGCGCAACAUCCGCUGCCUCACGCCCACCCGCUCCUUCUACCCGGCGCCCGGGCCCUGGCCCAAGAGCUUCUCCGACCGGCAGCAGAUGAAGGACAUCCGCUCGGAGGCCGAGCGCCUGGGCAAGACCAUCGACCGGCUGAUCGCCGACACGAGCACCAUCAUCACCGAGGCGCGCAUCUACGUGGCCAACGGGGACCUGUUCGCGCUCAUGGACGAGGAGGACGACGGCAGCCGCAUCCGGGAGCACGAGCUGCUCUACCGCAUCAACGCGCAGAUGAAGGCUUUCCGCAAGGAGCUGCAGACCUUCAUCGACCGCCUCGAGGUGCCCAAGUCCGCGGACGACCGCGGCGCCGAGGAGCCCAUAUCCGUGAGUCAGAUGUUCCAGCCUAUCAUUUUACUUAUUCUCAUUCUUGUAUUAUUUUCAUCACUUUCUUACACAACAAUAUUUAAACUUGUCUUCCUUUUUACACUGUUUUUUGUACUGUAAAUCUUUCAUCAU